UGUCAGCAGCGCAUUCAGUGUUGUUGAGCGGCGGAGAGUGACCACAGCUGGGAUUAUGAUUGAAUAUAAUGGAGAAAAAUGGAAACAGUACGGACUGAGAUUACAGAGUACACCUACAGAGAUUUGGACUGGACGUAAAAACCCCGCAGCUGUCUGAUUCCGUUGCAGCUGUCGGCAUUUUCUGGAUGUGGAUGUAACGGGAAUCUUUGUAAUCCCGGACUAAAGAAAGACAAGGGGGCCUGAAAUUACACAGACGUCGGUUGAAGUUGAGCUACGGGCUGCGCUAGCUAAGUUAGCAUUUAAUUUGUUUUAACCACUAAGAAGUCAGUUUGUAAAGAGUGCAAAGCAACGCUAUAUGUGGCUGUGCGUAGCACGACACAACGCUACCAGUGUCGGUGUAUUUUUUUAAAUAAUUAUCGCGUCUAUUGACUGCUUUGGGAACGUUAGCAGUGAUAAUAGCUAAGCUAGCUGGCUAGCUCUGUGGCAGGGCUAGCUUGUUGUUCCCCUGCAAGCUUCUUGUACAUGGGAACAAAAAGACAAACUUACACCCUCCAGGUUUGGUAGUUUGUUUGCUUAGUAGAAAAAAUAUCUCAGCAGUGAUAUCUGCUCAUAAAUUUUGCAUGGUGGCAAUAACCACAUAAAAUAUUAUAAUUACCCUUCCAGACAAUAAGCAUGAUUUUAUUUCCUUCAUAGACUUGUGGCACAAGAGUCACCCCGUCCGGAUACAGCUUGAGUUACACUAUGAAUGUCUUUACGUCUAAUCUCUGAAAGAUUUCACUAAAUUAGUGUUUUGUUUUGUUUUUCUGGCUCAAGGAAGAAUUAUAGUCUCAGAUUGUGGUGACACUUUCUGUAUUUGCCAUCAAUUGGAAAGACAAGUUGUUUACAUAAAGUUAAACUUUAAUGUUUAUUAUUUUAUUAUCUUUCGCAAUAAGGAUGUUUUGCGUAUCAGAACCACAUUCUUGGCACCCACCUUGCUUUUCAUGUAGGACUUUCAUGUGAGACUGUUUUUUAGCCUUGAGGUUACCUGCUUUCACACAGGUUGGAAGACUUAAAAUCAACAAGCAAACAAGGACUUUAAGCUUGUGGACCAUUCAGCAAAUUCAUGUCACAAACAAACAACAAAUCUUUAUUUUGGAUCGAGUGAGUAGGAUAACACACACAAGGGGGGUUUGUUGGUCACCCAUCCUUGUCUUCAGUCACUCAUCUUCAGCCUCCCAUCGCCCCUGGGCUCAGAUGUGAGACGCGAUGGGCAGCCAGGGCAGCCCAGUGAAAAGCUACGACUACCUGCUCAAGUUCCUCCUGGUCGGAGACAGCGACGUUGGCAAAGGAGAGAUCCUGGACAGCCUGCAGGAUGGCUCGGCUGAAUCCCCAUAUGCUUACAGUAGCGGCAUUGACUAUAAAACCACCACCAUUCUUCUGGACGGGAGGAGAGUGAAGCUGGAGCUUUGGGACACCUCGGGUCAGGGCAGGUUCUGCACCAUCUUCCGCUCAUAUUCCCGCGGCGCUCAGGGGAUCCUGCUGGUCUAUGACAUCACCAACCGGUGGUCGUUUGACGGCAUCGACAGGUGGAUCAGAGAGAUCGACGAGCAUGCUCCGGGGGUGCCUCGGAUCCUCGUGGGUAACCGGCUGCACCUGGCCUUCAAACGGCAGGUCCCCACCGAGCAGGCGAGGGCGUACGCCGAGAAGAACGGCAUGACCUUCUUCGAGGUGAGCCCGCUGUGCAACUUCAACGUCAUCGAGUCCUUCACGGAGCUGUCGCGCAUCGUCCUGAUGAGACACGGCAUGGAGAAGUUCUGGAGGCCCAACAGAGUCUUCAGCCUCCAGGACCUCUGCUGCAGAGCCAUCGUGUCGUGCACGCCGGUCCACCUCAUCGACAAGCUCCCCCUGCCCGUCGCCAUCAAGUCCCACCUCAAGUCCUUCUCCAUGGCCAACGGCAUGAACGCCGUCAUGAUGCACGGACGCUCCUACUCGCUGGCCAACCCGGCCGGCGGCUCCAAAGGCAACAGCCUGAAGCGCUCCAAGUCCAUCCGUCCACCGCAGAGCCCGCCGCAGAACUGCACCCGGAACAACUGUAAAAUCUCCUAACUGUCCCGAGUCGUCGACGACGACGAGAGACGACGACGACGGCGGAAGGAGGGAUCGACGGCAUCAUCGGGAGACGGGAUGUACAGGAUGUGUUUGAGCCGGAGGGGAGGGGACGCGAUUAUCUCUUGAACCUGAAGAGCUGAAGAGCAGGAAUGAUGGAUAAAGGGAUAUAAAAAAAACAAAAACCAAACUGAAGCGGCUACCUCCCUCCUUUCACGAGUGUACAGGACUCUCCGGCUGUCGGGGGGACGGAGGGGGGGAAGGGAAGGAGGGCUCUAACGGUCUCAGGAUAUCAGAGGAGAACGAACCUUCUGGUCUCUGCAGGCCUGAUUUUCUCACUACUUAACCAACCGCUAAAGAGACGAGUGUUAACUACAUGUACAGAAAUCCUUCACCGAAACCAUAUUUAGUUACUCUACAUGCAACUCAUCGUGUCUGUCGGCGUCGCAGACAUCACCUCAACAUUCUUUCACUUUUGUGUGUCUCACAUUUCUUUCUGUCUGUCCACACGUCCGUUUUAUUUGCUGUUUUUUUUGUUUUGAAAGACCAAUAAGCUACAGUAACGAUCCAGACACUAGUAGAAGCAGUCAGUCGUCUGUUUGUCUAUCAGCUGUGUGUUUUAUCGCUGAAGGAGAAAAUCUUGGUGACGAGAUGAGAGG